UGAGAUUGAGAGAAGCGCAAACAAGCGGCACUUCACUCUCACAAUCAGCACCGCUCAGCACAUUCCUUCCUUUUAAGGAGCUGGAGACAUUUUUUCAAUCAGGAGUAUUUUUCGCAUUUCAACUAACACGAAUUAAUUAACAGCGUGUCAUAGCAGAUUAACCGCCGAAAAUGGGGUUUUUCGCUUUUCUCGGCGCCUUUACCUUUCUUUACACAUUGGCGUACAUUGUGCUGCUGGCAUUCCUUGACUGCGACUUGAGGUUAAAGGUUGCAGAGAUGGUGGGAAAGAAAAUUGCUGCUGUCCGAGGCAAGGUUAUCUGGAUUGUGGGGGCGUCAUCGGGCAUUGGAGAACAAUUGGCCGUUCAUUUGGCGAAGGGUGGCGCCAAGCUAGUGCUUUCUGCUCGACGGCGAGAUGAGCUGGAAAGGGUCAAAGCGGCUUGCCUAGCUGCAAACCCUUCGCUUCAGCACCAAGAUAUUUUUAUUCUCCCCAUGGAUUUGCUUCAAGUGGACAACCACAGAUUCCAGUUGAACGAAGUGCUGCGACACUUUGGAACUCUGGAUGUUUUGGUAAACAACGCUGGAAGAUCACAAAGAGCGGCGUGGGAGACCGUUGACACCGUCGUGGACAGGCAAUUGUUUGAACUCAACGUAUUCUCCAUAGUGUCGCUGUCCAGGGUGGUGGUCAGCUACUUUGCUCAACGCAGCCCAACUCUCGAUGGACACAUCGCAGUGACGUCGAGCAUUGCUGGGCUCCUCGGGGCACCAUUUUCCCCAUCGUACACAGGCUCCAAACACGCAAUUCACGGUUAUUUCGAAAGCUUGAGGAGCGAAAAGCUUGGCACCAAUUUGAAAAUCACGCUCCUUUGCCCUGGGCCAGUGCACACCGCGUUUUUGGCAGAGAGUUUCACAGGAGUGCCCGGAGAAAAAUUCAAUCAGACAGUUCAAGAAACGGACAAGAGAAUGACCCCUGAGCGGUGUGGCGAAUUGUGUGCAAUCGCCAUUGCCAACGAACUGUACGAGGGCUGGAUGGCCCUUUUCCCCAUUCUGCCAGUUGUCUACUUGAUGACAUAUUUCCCUAAUAUGGGCCGCAUUAUUUUUAAAUUCAUCGGUCCGCGUCAGCUGCAAAAACUUCGGGAUUCGAAGACAACCGUGGAAAUGUCAAAAUCCAGUGACCCAGUCUCGUAAUUAACAACUGUCUGAGAUAUUCAAAUGAUGCCAUAAAAGGAUAUAAUUAAAUGGUUACCAUUGAUAUUCUGAUCAAGAAGAUUAUCAAUCUUCAUUAAAAUAAAAAGGUGUGUGCCUUCCCGCAAAAUACUUGUCAAUGUCAAUACCAUGCACAUUAUUUUUUUGUUAAAUGCUGCUGAUGUAGCAGCUGAGCAAGAACUAGCCAAUAAUUCAUUCUGAAUUUGCUAGACUUGUAAAAUUUUCCAAAUAAACAUUUUUUCAAAAAUAUUGAAAUGAGCAAUUAACUAGCGGUUUGCUCAAGAUUAAUAAUUUCUUCCUUGUUUAAUGUGUUUGUGAGAUAUAUCUUAAUAAAAUUAAACUGUUGCAGAAAUUAAAUAAUUAA